AAUUGACAUCAUCUGUCAAAUAGUUAGGUUGUAAGAAACAAACACACUGAAAAUUGUAAAAGGGCGUAUAUUUAAUAUUCAUUCAGGUUGAAUUGGAAUGAUAAGAUAUUGAAGAGGACCCGGACUCAUUUUAAUGCGAUUUUUACCAAAGAAGAGAAAACUUCGUAACUCGGUUUAAAUUAAAUCAAGAGAUAAAAUCAGUAAUAAAUAACCACCGUAUACAUGAUUUCCUGGGCAUGAGGGAAGUUGUUAUGGUGCCUCUUAAAAACCUUCUGUUAACAGGGCUCCUGUUUCUCAUGACGUUGGGAAAUGUGACGACUGAAGUCGAGGAGAAAUUUCAAGUUCAAGAAGCGACCAAGUCGACCGGGUCAGCGGUGGUCGCAUGGAAAGACUUGUACUUCCUCAAAUCCGUCCUUGACGUCUUGAUGUGCUUCAAACCGUUCGAACCACCGACUCUUUCAAAGUUCGACGCUUUCGGCACCGAAGCCACUCCAAAAUGCUUGGCCGAAAUGCAAAACGAGAUGUCAGAAAAAGCGGGAUUCUUUAUCAAUUGGGGAAUCAGAUACAUAACAAUGUUUUUUGUUGUGUACGUAAUAAAUCAAGUCUGAUAUAAACAUA